AUGGCGUCCGAAGAGCUGGUUGAUUUCGAUAUUAUCGAGGCACAGAAGGAAAAUGUCCAGUCUCUACCUGGUGGCCGAUCGGCUCGAGAGCUCGCCCGGAUCUUUUCAGGUGGUAGCAACACAAGCGACAAGAUCCCCUCACCGUCACCAAAUGGCACACGAACUAUCAACGAUGCCAUGCGCCAGGAAUAUGAAAGUGAAUUACAGUCAAUAGGAGAAUCGGAUGAUCCCCUCGACGUUUACGACCGUUACGUGAAAUGGACCUUGAACGCAUACCCCUCCGCACAAGCAACUCCCGAAUCCGGUCUACUGCCCCUCUUGGAGCGGGCAACCAAAUCAUUCCUCUCGUCAUCACACUACAGAAAUGACCCUCGUUAUCUCCGUUUAUGGCUUCACUAUGUUCGACUCUUUUCGGAUGCCCCGCGCGAAACAUUCGCUUUCCUCGCUCGUCACAAAAUCGGCGAGAGUUUAGCACUCUUUUACGAAGAAUUUGCCGGAUGGCUAGAGGGUGCUGGUCGUUGGUCCCAGGCCGAUGAAGUUUACAGGCUGGGUAUGGACCGCGAGGCACGACCGGUAGAGAGAUUGGCACGCAAAUACAAUGAGUUCCAACAACGAUACGAUCAACGAGAGCAAGAUACCGGUCCAUCCUCACCCGCUCUCCCAAAGGUACGUCCUGCACUGGGCGUCAAGAGGGAUCCAUUUGCCCCAUCAGAGAGCUCUGAUCCUCAGGCUGCGCGGUCAUCACCUCAACCAAGCGCCGCCCCAAAGACGAAAUCCGGAAAGCCAAAGAUGGCCAUCUUCUCGGAUGCCGAUUCAGCUGCGCCGGCACCUGCAACUGGAGGAACCACGAAAGGAUGGGAAAGUAUCGGGUCGGUCAGAGAUCGGAAGAAGGAGAAUGAAGUGGAGGCGAAGCCCUGGGCAGGAGAAACUUUGAAAGCAGGCAAAAAAGCCGCCCCAGUUCAAAAGAUGGCUAUCUUCAGGGAUCAGUCAAAUCCAGAUAUUCCUUCCAAGAAACCAAUGCAGCCGAGAGAAAUGCCUGAACAUCAUGUAAGGGAGGCCGUGAACCCACGGACGGGUCGUCGAGAGCGUGUAUUUGUCGACCUCGAAUCAGUAUACCCCGAUCGCUCAAACCCUGCCCAUGAGAUGAGUUUCGAAGAGCUCAGGGCUAUCAAACGUGGAUGGAUGGACAAAACAUGGCGCAAGGAGAAACAAGCCUUGCAACAAAUUCCCGGACAUCAAGAUCCCUCCGAGUCUUUGCCAGAUCAUCUCGGUCAGAAUCUAUCAAUAGACACACGCCACCAAUAUCAAGACCCAGGCGAUGAAGGCCACGGAGCUAAGCCCAGCAAAUCGCAUCGUACCAAGCCCAAGGGGGAAUCUUCGCAGACACAAACAGUCAAGAUGAACUUCGACUCUCCGUCCAAGAAGAAGGUUCGGCGAAAGAGUACCCGGGAGCCAACAAUGACUAUGCACACCCGUGCGGCAACCGAUGAGAUCUACAGCAUUUUCAACCAGCCAUUGAAAGCGGAAACCGAGGAGGACGCCGAUAGCUUCUGCGAGAGUGAUUAUGAAGAUGACGACGCUGCCAGCACCGGUGACAGCACAGGAACGGGACAUCACUCUGCAGCCUCGAGUGACUUCGGCGAUGAAGAGACUCAGACUUUCCAUAAAUCUUACGACGAUACCGACUAUGCAAACACCACCCGGGCCGAAAGCAUUGAUGGUGACGAUGGCGAUUGGACAGAGUUCAACCCUGACCGUGAUAUCCCAGGUAUCGAGAAUGCUGAAAUUACCUCCCAUUCUGUCGGCGCUGAGGAGCCAGGUAGUCCCACCGUUGGGACACCAGAUAGGAAAGGCUUCAUGCCAGAAAUGCCCGAGGACUACGCUCCUCCUUGGGGGACUUACCGCGACCCUGCAGUGAUGGCUCAGAACCGUUUGCCUUUCAUGACACCCAUUGUGGAGCGCACGGAGUGCUCUAUACCUUCUAUGACCGCCGCUCGCAACAGCAUUUAUAACGCAAAGACGCCCUCCAAGCCCCGAUCGCCAGCUGCAGACCUGUUGCUCGACAGCCCACUAGGAGGUAGCACGCCAUACCGAGACCUCACGGUUGGAUCAACAGCCGAUGUCCCAUUUAGCCCGACGGCCUUCAAAGCACUGGCUCCCAAGUUGCGGAGGCGGGACGCUAUAAUCAGGGACUCACAGUGCAAUCCAACAGACAAGGGGAUUCGGAACACGAUUCUCAACUCUUUAGAGCCACCUCUCGCAGCGUACACUGGCUAUAAUGAGCACGUCGAAGACAGCAAUUAUGCUUCAAUGAUCCACAAAUUUGUGAAGACUCACACCAGACGGUCCAAAAGCGCUGACGAUGAUGAGCUUGACACGCCGAUCCUUGAAUUUCCGGGGGCGGAAAGAAGUUACAUCGUUCGCCGUGAGCUUGGAGCCGGUGCAUAUGCUCCAGUUUAUCUAGCCGAGAGUGUUGACAGUCUGGAAUCUUAUGAUUCAGACUCUGAUAGCGGCGCAGGUCCUAACGCAAGAGGUAUCAGGCCGCCAAAUGCCUACGACACACCUCGUUUUCAUUUCGAGGCUGUCAAGGUCGAGAAUGGACCUUCGAGCGCUUGGGAAUUCUACAUGAUCCGCACUGCGUACGAGCGUCUUCGGCAAUCUGACAAUUCUCGAGUCACGGACAGCAUUGUUCGUGCACACGAGCUUCACGUUCAUCAGCGAGAGAGCUUCUUAGUGGAGGACUACCGAGGACAGGGCACAUUGCUUGACCUCGUCAAUAUUGUGCGCAACGAGUCGCUGAACACCAAUUCCACUGCCGAAGGCGGCCUUGAAGAAGCUCUCGCGAUGUUCUUCUCCGUUGAGCUCCUUCGUACUGUAGAGGCUCUCCACGAGAAUGGAGUUCUUCACGGCGAUAUCAAAGCAGACAAUUGUCUUGUUCGCCUCGACGAGCCGACCAACGAACCACCUACCAAGGCCCUUUCUCUCCUCGACCUCGGUACAGAUGAGACCCCUGCAGACCCCCGCGAGAGCAUCCACUACGCCCCUAGUGGCUCUCAUGGCUGGCAACAGAAGGGUCUUGCUUUGAUCGACUUCGGACGUGGAAUUGACAUGCAAGCCUUCUCCCCCAACGUCCAAUUCCUCGCAGAUUGGGAAAAGGUCACCCACGAAUGUAACGAAAUUCGCGAGAAACGCCCCUGGACCUACCAGAUUGAUCUCUACGGUAUUGCCGGCGUUAUCCACGUCCUUCUAUUCGGCAAAUACAUCGAAUCCACCCCUGUCAAUGACGAAAACGCACUAGCUGGAUCUCCACGCACUUACCGCAUCCGCGAGUCCCUCAAGCGAUACUGGGACCGCGAUCUUUGGGCCGGUGUGUUUGAUUUAUUGCUGAACCCCGGGGCUGAACGCUGGCAGUCUAUUGAGCGGGAGAAUGGCGCCGAUGCCGACACGCCUAUACUCCCGGUUGUGCAUUCCAUGCGUCAAGUUCGUCGUGGUAUGGAAGAGUGGCUUCUUGACCAUGCCGAGAAGAAGGGACUCGCGCUGCAACUGAGGAAGAUUGAAGCGUUGCUUGCGGAUCGAAAGAAGAAGUUGGAGAAGUGA